AAGGAAAUGGUAUAUUCCAAAUAAAAGACUUGACUUUUAGUUUGAAAGUUGACCGUCCAGCUUUUAUGUCGUAGCAGGUUACCUGCUCGCGGCGAGUUCGCAAUUGUUGCCUUUUUGCAGGCAGUGUUAGGUUAUUUGGCCUUCUUAAGUAACACAUUUUAAACUUUAGUUAAUUGCUACAACUGUGACUUCAAAUCCACAGUACUGCAGUUGGAAGUGCUGUUCACUGGUUUGGUGCUGGAAUUGUGAUUUUGCUGCGAGGAAUCUACAGUGUGACCUGCUGUCUUCAAUAAACCCCAACGCCAUGGAUCGUGCUUCGAGUGCAAGUCAGCUGAUUGCCAGCAAUGUCACAAAUAAAACGGACCCACGAUCCCUGAACUCAAGGGUCUUCAUUGGAAACCUAAACACUAUGCUGGUCACCAAGGCAGACGUUGAAGCCAUUUUUAGCAAAUAUGGCAAGAUUGUUGGCUGCUCUGUGCACAAGGGUUAUGCUUUUGUUCAGUUUGCCCAAGAAAGAAAUGCUAGGACUGCUGUACAAGGAGAGGAUGGACGGAUGGUUGUCGGACAGGUGCUUGAUGUUAACUUGGCAGGAGAGCCCAAACCUCACAGGUCAAAAACUACAAAGCGAUCAGCUGGGGACAUGUACAGCAGUAGCUCGUCUUUCGAGCUUGAUUAUGAUUUCCAGAGAGAUUACUAUGACAGAAUGUAUUCAUACCCUUCCCGUGUGCCUGCACCUCCCCCUCUCUCACGAGCCGUGAUCCCAUCCAAGCGUCCACGAGUCAGCACGAGCGGAGCAACCAGUCGUCGCACCAAGUCCAGCUUCGCAACUUCAUCCAAGAGCAGCCAACGGACAUCCUCUCGAACCCUAAAAGCAGAUGAUCUUCAGACUAUUAAGAGAGAGCUUUCUCAAAUCAAGCACAAGGUUGACUUUCUUCUGGAGAGUCUGGACAGGAUGGAAAAGGAUCACGGCAAGAAAUCUGAGGGGAAGAGUGUGAAGGCAGAAGUUGGUGAGGUUUCUCCCCUCCAGCAUUCCAGCAAGAAAGAGAGAGAGAGGGAAGAGCAAGAGAUAAACGAUUCAGAGGAGGAGAGAGAUCUGCUGGGGGAGGAAGAAGAAGAAGAAGAAGAGGAAGAGGUGUGUGUGGUGGUUGCUGGAGGAAGACACCCAAAGCCGUGUGAUAUUCUGAUGUUGCUGAGGCUGACAAGUGUCUUUGUUCUUCUCAGGUUAAAAGCCAGGGUGGAGAGAAUGAGAAUGAGGAAGAGGAAGGAGAAGAGGAAGAGGGUGAGCAUGAAGAAGGGGAAGAUGAUGGCGAUAGCAUUAAUGGUGACGACUCGUAAUUUUAAACGCUCUGGAUACCAGACUUCCACUCAGAUUUCAGCCCUUUCAGUUCUUUUGAAAAGGUUGAAGCAAGUCUUUAAAAGAUCCAUCUAUGAUGAUGUAGAUGUCUGUGCUCUUAUCUUAGCUGACACUGCGAUCACGUCAGUUUGAGUGAUGUCAGUUUAUUUUUAAUGUUAGCAUGACAUCUUUCAGGCUCUUGAAGUAUCCCUCAACCUUGAAGAAGAUAAACGUCUGUUUUCAACACAAACUAUUACAUUCUCCACUUAAUCUUAAUCAUUGAGACGUGAACCAGAGAUGUUUUUAUUUAUCACUAGCAGAAUAUGUCUAUAAUGCUUUCUCUGUGUGGAUCUGGCUUCUUCCUUGUUUGCCCUUUUGUCUCUGGUGAGUUUUUUUUUUUCUUUCUGUGAGCAAAGUUAAAAUUUGUAUUUUAAAAAGGGGGAAACUUUACAGUGACUCCUUUACAGAGUCACCGAAGCUUCCAGUGAGCAUCUAUGUUUGUAUUUACCUGUCUUUUUAUAUUGCCCUGUUUCAGAAUAAUUCUACAGGAUCAUUUCAAUAAAAUAUUAAAUUAAA